GCGCAGGCCGUCUCGGAGCGGUUCUACGCCCAGGCACGGGAGCUGCUGUGGGCAAAGCUGGAAGCCCCCUCGGUGACGUCGCUGCAGGCGUUCCUGCUGCUGGGGCUCUACGACAUGUACCGCGGGCGCAACAGCUCGUGCUGGCUGCUGAGCGGGGUCGGGCUGCGGCUCGGCUUCGACGUGGGCUUCCACCUGUCGCCCAACCUCGCCAGCAGCAAGCGCAGCAUCAACCGGCUGUCGCUGCUCUUCAAGAGCCGCAUCUACUGGGGCUGCUUCAUCGUCGACCACUUCAUCGGCAUGAUUCUGGGCCGGCCGUCCGUGCUGCACAUCGACGACAGCACGCUC